AUGAAUUUGGAUGAGGAGCGACAGAGGCAGGCACCCUGCUCGGUACCAAAUACCCAGAAGCACACCUCCCCAGGAGGGGGGAGGAGUCAGGAGCGUUUUCGAUCCAAUUAUGAACCAGGGGGGAGAGGGAGACCCCAGUUCCAGGGUGGCCCUGGCCGAAACAUUGGAGAGAUUACAAACUUCAGACCGAGCUACAAUAUCGGAGGAGGCGAAGAUAGUUAUAUCGACAGCAGAGGGCAGGAGAGGCGUUUUGUGCCGUUAAAUACUCCCCGAGAUCAGAUCCUGAUGUGGAUAAAAGCUAAUAAUGAGUAUAUUUCCUACCCACCCCGGAUGACGAGAGAGGGAGAUAAAACAAAGUGGUGCGAUUUCCAUGAGGGGCACGGGCAUGAGACCAAAGAUUGUGGUAAUUUGAGAAGAGAGUUGGACCGAAUGGUGUGCAGAGGAAGGUUGAAGGGUUUCGUGACCAAUCCCCCGCAACAGCCACCGACGAACCGACCUAACCCAGUCCGAAAUGAGCCUAGCACAUCUCGGGAGCCUGAUCCCCAGGCCAAGAGGUCUCAAAUAACCGGAGUGAUUAAUACGUUGGCAGGAGGAACUGUAAGCUCAGAGAGACGUUGCAAGAAAAAACAGAAAACAGUGAUGUCGGUCAUGGAGGGACCCCGGUGGCCCGAGGUAUCGUUUUCUCUAGAGGAUGGCAAGGGAGUGGAGUUCCCUCAUGAGGAUGCUCUGGUUAUUUCGGCGGUUAUACAAUUAAAAUGGGUAAGACGACUUCUAGUAGACGAUGGGAGUUCGGUAAAUCUGUUAACUUUGGCAGCUUAUUUACAAUUGGGAGGCACCCGAUCAGAGCUUAAACCCGUCAGUACACCUCUCCUCGGUCUAGGAGGAACACCGGUAAGCCCGGAAGGAAUGAUUGAGCUAGACUUAAUACUCGGGGUCGAAAUUCCACAAAAAGAGUGA